AGCUCCUUACUUUCUCCGCCUGGCUCGCUCGGCUCUCCCGUUUCUCUCCGUUAUUGCUGGACGUUGGACCAGAAUCUCAUCAGCAGUGAAGCUGGCCUCUGAUCUGCCUUCUGUGAAUGCUCCCUGGGGAGGAGGCUGCCGUCAGACCAUGGCCGACGUGAAACUGGUUGCCUCAUCACACGUGUCCAAAACCUCCCAUAGUGUGGAUCCCUCAAGGGUCAGCUCCAUGCCCCUCACAGAGGCCCCUGCUUUCAUCCUGCCCCCUCGGAACCUCUGCAUCAAAGAAGGAGCCACAGCCAAGUUCGAAGGGAGGGUCCGGGGCUACCCAGAGCCGCAGGUGACAUGGCACAGAAAUGGGCAAACCAUCACCCAUGGGGGCCGCUUCCUGCUGGACUAUGGAGUACGGGGGACUUUCAGUCUUGUAAUUCACCCUGCCCGUGAGGAGGACAACGGAAAGUAUACCUGUGAAGCCAGCAACGGCAGUGGUGCCCGCCAGGUGACAGUGGAGCUGACCGUGGAAGGGAAUUUUAUGAAGAAGCCUGGUCAGCCUGUUGUUCCCAAAACCUCAGGAUUUUCAUCCCCAGCAGGGGAGACCCGUCCUAGCAUCUGGGGCGAGUGCCCACCAAAGUUUGCCACGAAGUUGGGUCGAGCUGUGGUCAAAGAAGGGCAGAUGGGGCGAUUCUCCUGCAAGGUCACUGGCCGGCCUCCACCACAGGUCACCUGGCUCAAGGGAAAUGUCCCAUUGCAGCCAAGUGCCCGCCUAUCUAUGUCAGAGAAGAAUGGUAUGCAGAUCCUGGAAAUCCAUGAGGUCACUCAGGAUGACCUGGGCACAUACACGUGCAUGGCGGUGAAUGGGUCAGGGAAAGCCUCCAUGUCAGCCGAGCUCUCCAUCCCAGGUUUGGACGGUGCCACGAGGUCAUUUGUGAGAGGAACCAAGGCCCCCAGUCCAGACACCAGGAAGGAGGUGACUAAUGGGAUCUCCAAAGACCUAGAGACUAUGGCCGAAAGUAAGAACUGCUCAAGCCCCCAGAGGAGUGUCUCCUCAGCCUGGGCCACAAACAGCCACCUGAAGUCCCCGCAGGAGCCCAAGCUGAAGCUGUGUGAGGAGGCUCCCAGAAAGGCCCUGCAGUCCUCAGUCUUACAGAAGACGUUCAGCACCAUCACCCUGCAGGCUGCCAAAGUCCAGCCAGAAGCCAGAGUGCCGGGCCUUGGGGCCUUCUCUCCUUCUGAGGAACAGAGGAAAAGUCUGACUGCCCCUCAGCAAGCCAUGCUCCCUACCCGACACUGUGGCCUGGGAGGCCCAACUGGGAACAAGUCUGUCACCAGGAACAUCCCCAUAGAGAGCCAAAGGGAGUCAUCAUUUCCCAGAUUUGAGAGUCAGCCCCAAAGCCGAGAAGUCACCGAAGAUCAGACAGUCAAGUUCGUCUGUGAGGUUUCAGGGAUACCCAAGCCUGAAGUGGCCUGGUUCCUGGAAGGCAUCCCUGUGAGGAGACGAGAAGGCGUCAUUGAGAUUUAUGAAGAUGGUGCGUCCCAUUACCUCUGCCUGCGGAGAGCCCGGAUGAGGGACAGUGGGAGAUACAGCUGUACAGCGUCCAAUAGCCUUGGCCAUGUGUCCUGCAGCUGGACCCUCCUGGUGGACCGGUCAGACUUGGCACAGGUGGCCCCUUCAUUCUCCAGUGUCCUGAAGGACAGUGUUGUCGUUGAGGGCCAGGAUUUUGUGCUGCGGUGCUCUGUACGCGGGACCCCAGUACCCCGGAUCACUUGGCUGCUCAAUGGGCAGCCCAUCAAGUUUGCUCACUCCGUCUGUGAGGCUGGCAUGGCCGAGCUCCACAUCCAGGAUGCCCUGCCAGAGGACCGUGGCACCUACACCUGCCUGGCUGAGAACGCCUUGGGGCAGGUGUCCUGCAGCGCCAGGGUCACUGUCCAAGAAAAGAAGAGUGAAGGAGAGAGGGAACACCUUCUGCCCCCGACUCCCAGCAAGCCUGUCGCACCCAUCUUCCUGCAAGGCCUCUCUGAUCUCAAAGUCAUGGAUGGAAGCCAGGUCACCAUGACAGUCCAGGUGUCAGGGAACCCACCUCCAGAAGUCAUAUGGUUUCACAAUGAGAAUGAGAUCCAGGAGUCAGAAGACUUCCACUUUGAACAGAAGGGAGGCCGGCACAGCCUGUGUAUCCAGGAGGUGUUCCCAGAGGACACGGGCACAUAUACCUGUGAGGCCUGGAACAGUGCUGGAGAAGUCCGCACCCAGGCCAUACUCACCGUGCAAGAGCCUCAUGACGGCACCCAGCCCUGGUUCAUCAGCAAGCCUCGUUCAGUGACAGCCUCCCUGGGCCAGAGUGUCCUCAUCUCCUGUGCCAUAGCUGGAGACCCCUUCCCCACUGUGCACUGGCUCCGAGAUGGCAAAGCCCUCUCCAAGGAUAACGGCCACUUCGAGCUGUUGCAGAAUGAGGACGUGUUCACCUUGGUCCUAAAGAACGUGCAGCCCUGGCAUGCCGGCCAGUAUGAGAUCAUGCUUAAGAACCGGGUUGGUGAGUGCAGUUGCCAGGUGUCACUGAUGCUGCAGAACAGACCCACCAGAGCCCCAUCACGGGGGCGGGAGCCUGCUGCCUGUGAGGGCCUCUGUGGUGGAGGAGUUGGAGCUCAUGGUGAUGGUGACCGUGAUGGGACCCUGAGGCCUGGCUGGCCAGCGAGAGGGCAAGGUUGGCCAGAGGAGGAAGACGGAGAAGACGUGAGGGGGCUGUUGAAGAGACGGGUGGAGACCAGGCUACACACAGAAGAGGCCAUCCGCCAACAGGAGGUGGGGCAGCUGGAUUUCCGUGACCUCCUGGGGAAGAAGGUGAACACCAAGACCGUAUCAGAAGAAGACCUGAAGGAGAUCCCAGCCGAGCAGAUGGAUUUCCGCGCCAACCUUCAGCGGCAAGUGAAGCCAAAGACCGUGUCCGAGGAAGAAAGGAAGGUACACAGCCCCCAGCAGGUUGACUUCCGCUCUGUCCUAGCCAAGAAGGGGACCCCUAAGACCCCCGUUCCUGAGAAGGUCCCACCCCCAAAAGCUGCCACCCCUGACUUCCGCUCAGUGCUGGGUGGCAAGAAGAAAUCUCCCUCAGAGAAUGGCAGCAACAAUGCUGAGGUCUUGAACAUCAAGGCUGGGGAAAGCCCCACACCUGUAGGCAACACACAGCCGGUUGGGGCCCUGAAACCCAUAGGCAAUGCCAAGCCUGCUGAGACCCUAAAACCCAUAGGCAAUGCCAAGUCUGCUGAGACCCCGAAGCCUGUAGCCAAUGCCAAACCCACCGAGACUCUGAAACCCGUAGCCAAUGCACAGCCUGCAGGGUCCCUGAAACCCGUAGGCAAUGCACAGCCUCCUGAGACCCCGAAGCCCGUGGCCAAUACCAAGCCUGCUGAGACCCUGAAAGCAGCUGGGAAAGAGGAACUCAAGGAGGUUAAGAAUGAUGUGAACUAUAAGAAAAGCCAUGCCGGAGCCACAGGCAAUGAGAAAAAACCCGAGAGCAAAGGCUCAGCCCCAAUCUUCAAGGAAAAGCUGCAAGACGUCCACGUAGCCGAGGGCGAGAAGCUGCUGCUCCAGUGCCAGGUGACCUCUGACCCCCCGGCCACUGUCACCUGGACACUGAACGGAAAGACACUCAAGACCACGAAAUUCAUCGUCCUCUCCCAAGAAGGCUCACUCUUCUCCAUCUCCAUCGAGAAGGCACUGCCUGAGGACAGGGGCUUGUACAAGUGUGUAGCCAAGAACAGCGCUGGCCAGGCCGAGUGCUCCUGCCAAGUCACUGUGGAUGAUGCUCAGACCGGUGAGAACACCAAGGCCCCGGAGAUGAAAUCCCGGAGACCCAAGAGCUCUCUUCCCCUUGUGCUAGGAACAGAGAGUGACGCAACUGUCAAAAAGAAACCCGCCCCCAAGACACCUACAAAAGCAGCUAUGCCCCCUCAAAUCAUCCAGUUCCCUGAGGACCAGAAGGUUCGAGCAGGAGAGCCUGUGGAGCUGUUUGGGAAAGUGACUGGUACCCAGCCCAUCACCUGCACAUGGAUGAAGUUCCGAAAGCAGAUCCAGGAGAGCGAGCACAUCAAGGUGGAGAACAGCGAGAGCGGCAGCAAGCUCACCAUCCUGGCAGCGCGCCAGGAGCACUGUGGCUGCUACACAUUGGUGGUGGAGAGCAAGCUGGGCAUCCGGCAGGCCCAAGUCAACCUCACAGUCGUGGAUAAGCCAGACCCCCCAGCUGGCACACCCUGUGCAUCUGACAUACGGAGUUCCUCGCUGACCCUGUCCUGGUAUGGCUCGUCCUAUGAUGGAGGCAGUGCCGUACAGUCCUACAAUGUGGAGAUCUGGGACACAGAGGACAAGAUGUGGAAGGAACUAGCCACCUGCCGCAGCACCUCUUACAAUGUCCAAGACCUGCUGCCUGACCGCGAGUAUAAAUUCCGGGUGCGUGCCGUCAACGUCUAUGGAACCAGCGAGCCGAGCCAGGAGUCUGAACUCACAGCCGUAGGAGAGAAACCUGAGGAGCCAAAGGACGAAGUGGAAGUGUCAGAUGACGACGAAAAGGAACCUGAGGUCGAUUAUCGGACAGUAACAGUUAACACUGAACAGAAAGUAUCUGAUGUGUAUGACAUUGAAGAGCGACUGGGAUCUGGGAAGUUUGGACAAGUCUUCCGACUUGUGGAAAAGAAAACUGGAAAAAUCUGGGCAGGGAAGUUUUUCAAGGCCUAUUCCGCCAAGGAGAAAGAGAACAUCCGGGAGGAGAUCAGCAUCAUGAACUGCCUCCACCACCCCAAGCUGGUCCAGUGUGUGGAUGCCUUUGAGGAAAAGGCCAACAUUGUCAUGGUUCUGGAAAUCGUGUCGGGGGGUGAGCUGUUUGAGCGCAUCAUUGACGAGGACUUCGAGCUGACGGAGCGAGAGUGUAUCAAGUACAUGAGGCAGAUCUCGGAAGGGGUGGAGUACAUCCACAAGCAGGGCAUCGUGCAUCUGGACCUCAAGCCCGAGAACAUCAUGUGUGUCAACAAGACGGGCACCAGGAUCAAGCUCAUUGACUUCGGUCUGGCACGAAGACUAGAGAACGCUGGGUCUCUGAAGGUCCUCUUUGGGACCCCAGAGUUUGUGGCUCCUGAAGUGAUCAACUAUGAACCCAUCGGCUAUGCCACAGACAUGUGGAGCAUCGGAGUCAUCUGCUAUAUUCUGGUCAGCGGACUGUCCCCAUUCAUGGGUGACAAUGAUAAUGAGACAUUAGCCAACGUCACCUCUGCCACCUGGGACUUUGAUGAUGAGGCGUUCGACGAGAUCUCCGAUGAUGCCAAGGAUUUCAUCAGUAACUUGCUGAAGAAAGAUAUGAAAAACCGUCUGGACUGCACCCAGUGCCUUCAGCACCCAUGGCUGAUGAAAGACACCAAGAACAUGGAAGCCAAGAAGCUGUCCAAGGACCGGAUGAAGAAGUACAUGGCAAGACGGAAGUGGCAGAAAACGGGCAAUGCUGUGAGAGCCAUUGGGAGACUGUCCUCUAUGGCAAUGAUAUCAGGGCUCAGCGGCAGGAAGUCCUCGACAGGGUCACCGACCAGCCCAAUCAAUGCAGAGAAACUAGAGUCCGAAGAAGAUGUCUCCCAGGCUUUCCUUGAGGCUGUUGCUGAGGAAAAGCCCCAUGUGAAGCCCUAUUUCUCUAAGACCAUCCGUGACCUGGAAGUCGUUGAGGGAAGUGCUGCUAGAUUUGACUGCAAGAUUGAAGGGUACCCAGACCCCGAGGUUGUCUGGUUCAAGGAUGACCAGUCAAUCAGGGAGUCCCGCCACUUCCAGAUAGACUACGACGAAGAGGGAAACUGCUCUCUGAUUAUUAGCGACGUCUGCGGGGAGGACGAUGCCAAGUACACCUGCAAGGCUGUCAACAGCCUCGGAGAAGCCACCUGCACGGCGGAGCUCAUUGUGGAAACCAUGGAGGAAGGGGAAGGGGAAGGGGGAGAGGAGGAGGAGGAAGAGUGAAGCAGAGCCAAACAGACACCGGGCCUAGGUCAUUUUAAAAGGACUAGUUCUUUCAAGCUCAGAAAACUCGAGAUAGAAAAAGCACCUCGUGUGGUAGAUUAGUUAGGUCAUCCAGGGGGUUGACUCCUCAGCAACAGCAAUUGAUACCCAGCAGCGUUAUUGACGGGCAUUAAUUCGAAUGAGAUAGCACCUGAAGACGCCAGUGCAGCUAGAUUCCAUGGUGGGAGGGGGGAGUCACCGGCAGCUUGUCUAACCAAUUCGAUUUUCGAGAGAAAAAUAACUAAAAGGGAUAUUUACCUGGGGAAAGUCGUAAUUUCCCAACUGAAUACACUCCUGUAAAGGAAAGCCACCACCAGGGCCCCGAGUCUCCUGCUGCAGCUCAGCCCAGAUCCCCUGGGGGUAGAAUGCCUCUCUAUCCCACCCCCACCUCCCCACCCCCACCCUGGUCCAGAGAACCAGCCUUGUCCCACAGUGCAGUGUCUCGUUCUGAAAGCAGUUGAGCCACCCUGACUCCGGAGGCACGCUGCCUUCCAGCUCCCCACUUUCAACCCUCCCAUUUCUCUCCGCAUUCUACCUGCCGGCUUUCCUGGCUCUGAAGCUGGCAUGAGUGGCAGCCAUGAGGACAUUAUGUUUCUUACAUCCUGAAAACAGGUCCCCUGCUCAUGGGUAACUCUGGCUUCCUUGGGGAGAUAAAAUCUCCUUUCCUCUAAAAACCCACGGGAAACUAAACUCACCCCUUUGCAGGCAUCUGGCAGCUUCAGACAUUUGCCUGAGAAUCCAUGAAGGAAAAAAAAAAAAGAAAAGAUCUUUGCCAAUGUGCUUUUUUUCCUUAAGCCAGGAUUCAUAUUUGUGCCAUUAACAAUCAGCCUGCAUGUGCAGUGACUAUUUCCGCAUCUGGAUGGAGAAAGCCCAGUUUGCCGAAAUGCUGGUUUUGAUUAUUUAUUGGGCACUCUGAAACUGAUUUCAACUGGUGAGCAACUGUAGAACUCGAUGCACUUUGGAAGCUCCUUCCAGUCUGAGCUGAAUCCACCCUCGUUCUCGGUGCUCCUCAAAGAGCUUGGCCUGCCUUCUGUGGCCCCACCGUUGCUUCCUUCUUGAAUGUGCAUCAGUCCUGCCUUGCCCCCACCCCUGAGCUGUACUCUUAGACCUCAUCCGUGCACCCAGACUUGCAUCUUUAGGAAUUUUUAACUUUCUUUCACUUCAUUGGCACUUAAAUUUUUUUUCUUAUGAGACUUUUUGGAGGUCAUAAACAAAGACCAUAAACUGAUAUCCUAGUAUGUUUCCUCUGUGUGUGUGUGUGUGUGUGUGUGUGUGUGUGUAACAUUCCAAAUAUUUUUUUUUCUUUUCCACUGUUUGGAAAGCACAGCAAGUUCAUAUUUCAAAGGACUUUUUAAAUAGUUCCUUAGAAAUCAAUUUUGGAUUACUUCUGUGCAAUCCUACACAGAACCAACAUUAGAAACUUGAUGUUUCUUAGCCUUCUUAUCUUCCCCCCAUUCUCCUUUGCCUGCUUUUUGCUGCUAGUUUCAAACUGCCAGUAUUUUUCCCUUUUUGCUUCGUAAGCAGUUACAGUAUCUCUCAUUAUAGCCACAGUAGCGUCACAGUUUAUCAUCAUAAUAAAGGGGUUUUCAUUUGAUUUAGAGCAUUCAAAGUGUUUUUCAUCACUUUUGUGUUUAUAUUAUAAUCUUUGUGUGUCUGUUGUGUGUAUGUGUGCAUGGGUGGCCAUACGUGUGUUUGUAGGUUAAUGCCUUCCUGGGACUGUAUCAAUGUGCUCUCAGUUUAUUAGAACAUUGAAAUGGUGAAUGAGAACGCUACAACUGCAGUUAGCUCACGAUUUUUAAUAAAGGGUACCACAGUG